AAAAAAAAAAAUGAAGCUGCCAAUCUUCUCUCUUUCGGCCGUUGUGGCCCUUUCUGUUAUGCUGGCCCCUUCGCCUUCAUUCGCUCUCCCCGCACCAAGCAACGGUGUUACAACAUUUGUCAAUCACCGUGUGGUCCGUAUCCAGGUCCGUACUGAGGCCGAACUCAAGACUUUGGCCGCUAAUGAGGACGCUCUUGGCUUGGAUUACUUCACUCACCACAAGGGUGUUGGUAGCACUGUUGAUGUCCGCAUCGCACCUCAGUUUUUCUCCAAGUUCCAGGGCCUCAAACUUCAGUACGAGACCUUGAUCGAGAACUUGCAAACCGUGAUCGACCAAGAGCAUCAGGAGAACGUGAAGUACGAGCAGACUUUCACUGCCAAGGUCCAAGAAAGCAAGAAGAAUACCAAUAAUCUAAGCACAGUUAACAAGGCCAUCGAGGGAGCCGAUGUCUAUGCUGCUGCUGAUCUGUGGUUCCAGGGAUACCAUUCAUUCGCUGAGCACCAGAACUGGCUGGCGACCCAGAUUGCUAACAAUCCAGGCAAGGCCACUGGCUUCAGUGCUGGCAAGUCGUUCCAGGGCCGUGAACAGAACGGUAUCAAGAUUGGCAAGGGUCCAAACCAUAUUGUCUUCCACGGCACACAGCACGCACGUGAGUGGAUCACUACCAUGGUUGUUGAAUACAUUAUUGACCAGUUGCUGAAGGGCACCGACUCUCGUGUCGCGGGUUACUUGAACAAGUACACCUUCCACAUCAUCCCUGUGAUGAACCCUGACGGUUUCGUUAUCAGUCAAAGCUCGAACCGUAUGCACCGCAAGAAUGCCCAGUCCAACGGUGGAUGUCUCGGCACUGACACCAACCGUAACUGGAACUACAAGUGGGGCACCGGUGGUUCGUCCACUAAUCCUUGUGCUGAGGACUACAUGGGCCCCAGUCCUUUCUCUUCUCCUGAAGCUCGUAAUAUUGGCAACUAUAUCAGCUCACUCCCUAAUGUGGUCUCGUACAUUGACUUCCACUCGUACUCUCAGUUGUGGAUGGUUCCAUAUGGCUACACAGCCCAGCGUCCUCCAACUUACAGCUACAUGAACGGUCUUGCUCAAAAGGCUGCUCAGGCCAUUGCUGCGGUUUAUGGCACCCAGUUUAGAACCGGAGACAUUUACAACACCAUCUACCAGUCCUCAGGUACCUCUGCUGACUAUGCUUACAGCGUCGGUGUUGAGGCUCCUUUUGCUGUCGAGCUCCGUGACACUGGUCGCUAUGGCUUCAGCCUUCCUGCCAGCCAGAUUUUGCCCUCGGGAAUCGAGACCUGGGCUGGUUUCGCUGCUAUCCUGGACAACAUCCAGGUCUAAAAAACAAAUGACGAAAUGAGAGAUGAGCAAGAUACCUGCUGCGCGGUGUAUUUUGCCUAACAUUUGACACAAUCACUACACAUGUAUAUAGUAUUUCUUCUGAAUGGGGCGCUAGGGAAGUGCAAGAAAGAAAUUUCAUGAAUUUUGAAAGUUUGUGUCCCUUAAAAAAUAACAGUAAUAAAAAAAAAGUCCUUUCGGCCGAGCGGGGCUCGGCUCUUUUUUAAAUCACCA